AUGGGAAUCUUUACAUGGCGUUCGUCUACUCAGAGGCAGCAGCAGAAGGAGCUGCGGGUCCUGCAGCAAAAAGUUGCAGCAGCAAAUGCAGCAACACCGGAUGCCUCUGCUGCAGCGCAGCAGGUAAGCAACUAUCUCCCCGGAUCAGCAGCAGCAGCAGCAGCAACAGCAGUAGCAGCCAUAGCAACAGCAGUAGUGUGCAUGGUGAUGCUGCACCUUCCUGCUGCAGCAGCUGGCCCUGGGGCUGCUGCAGAUGGCUGCGCCCUGGAUGGCUGCCCUAGCAGCAACAACCCCGAGGCCCUACGGCUCGAACUCUGGCCGAGACCGCGUAGCAGCAGCAGCAGCAGCAGCAGCAGCAGCUGGGGCUGUUGCUUCUGCUUCGCCGUCUCCGCGCAGCGGCAGCAGCAGCAGCAGCAGCCGCAGCAGCAGGGGAACUGGUGCAGCCCUGACGGCCUCCAUGCCGCUGAGCCAGUGGCUGCAGCAGUUUGCUGUGCUGCUGCUGCUGCGGUAUCCUCGGCCGGCUCCGCGACGGAGGCAGCAGCAGCAGCAGCAGCAGCAGCAGGCGCUCGCAGCACAAACUCGUUUGAGGGUCCUCUUCCCUGCAGGAACGACAGAGACAGAGAUGAGUUGCUGCGGCGCUGUGGCGGCGCGGUGUAUGUACACUGCAGCAGCAGCAGCAGCAGCAGCAGAGCAGCAGCAGCAGCAGCAGCAGAUACACCCGGAAUACAGCAAGAGUAUAAGCGAGCUGCUGCAGCGCUGCAGGCCCUGGGCAUUGAGGGGCCCCCUCCGCUGCCUGAAGCAGAAGUUGCAGCAAUCUGUGGCUCGUCGGCGCAGGUGCUGCUGCAGCAGCAGCAGCUGCUGCAGCAGCAGCAGCAGCAGCUUCUCCGGAUACAACAGGAUACACUGCAGCUAUCGAACAACCCACACCCGCAGCAGCAACCGGUGCAGCAGCAGCAGCUGCAGCCGCAGCAGCAGCACCAACAGGGACGACCCAUACAGGCCAGCGCGUCAGCUUCUAGUGCAGCAGUGGAUAUACAUAUUGCUGAGGUCCUCUCCAGCGUGGAGCUGCUGCAGGAGCUGCUGCAGCAGCCAACAACGGAGGGGAUGGUGAUGAUAGAGUCUCUGAAGGAGCAGCUGCUGCAGCAGCAGCAGCAGCUGCAGCAAGACGCAGCACAAGUCGUCGAUGAGGGCCGCCUCGAUCGCUUUUCUGAAUUGUCUAGGGUGUGUUUGUGUGCUGCUGUUGCUGCUGCUGCUGUUGCUGCUGCUGCUGUUGCUGCUGCUGCUGUUGCUGCUGUUGCUGCUGCUGCGGUUGCCGCUGCUGCUGUUGGCGCAGCUGCUGUUGCUGCUGUUGCUGCUGCUGCUGUUGCUGCUGCUGCUGCUGUUGCUGCUGCUGCUGUUGCUUCUGCUGCUGUUGCUUCUGAUGCUGUUGCUGCUGCUGCUCCUGCUGCCCUGGGGGGUAUUGCUUUCCCGCUUCAGCUGCAUGGGCUGCUACUGUUGCUGCUGUUACGUCUGAAGGAGCAGCUGCUGCAGCAGCAGCAGCAGCUGCAGCAAGACGCAGCACAAGUCGUCGAUGAGGGUCGCCUCGAUCGCUUUUCUGAACUGUCUAGGGUGCUCGACAACGUAGAGACGACGCUGCAGAACGUGCAGGCGGUGCGGGCGCAGCUUGAGCAGGAGCAGGUGCAGCAGCAGCAGCAGCAAGAACUACAACAGCAGCAGCAGCAACAACAGCAGCAGCAGCAACAACAGCAGCAGCAGCAGCAACAGCAACCGCAGCAACAGCAGCAGCAACAAGAGCAGCAGACAGAGCCGGGCCAGCCAAAGGACGAAGGUGGUGCUUCCAGUGCAGCGGCGAUAGCGGCAACGGCAGCAACAGUUGCAGCAGCAGCAACAGUAGCAGCAGCAGCAGACCUCCCAGCAGCAGCAACCCCCCCAGCAGCAGCACCCCCCCCAGCAGCAGCAGCAGCAGCAGAGGAGACUCAAGCUCCAUCCCCAUCCGCGUAUACGGCUGAGGGCCCCACCAGCAGCACAGAUGCACGUACGCCCCUUCACUCUGAACCAGUGGAGCUGGAGUCUCCUGCUGCAGGACCUGCUACUGCUGCUGCUGCUGCUGCUGCUGCUACGACCCCAGGAACAGACGAGCUCAUGCUGUUCCCGCUGGCUGAUGAUCCAAACGACACAGCGGAGCAGCAGCAGCAGCAGCAGCAGCAGCAGCCACCGCUUCAGCAGAGGCAGCAGAAGCACGAGGAGAAUGAGCAGCAGCAAGAGCAGCAGCAGCAGCAGCAACCGGAACAGCAGCAGCAGAAGGGGGAGGAGAUAUAUCAGAGUGCUGCUGGCGCUCUCGGUGAGGGAACCCCCCGCAGCAGCCUCAGCAACAAAACGUCCAGCAACAGGCGCAGCAACCGCAGCAGCAGCCGCAGCAGCAGCAAGAAGGAGAAGCGCAGCAGCAGCAGCAGAAGCCACUCCAGAGACUCGAAGCAUGCAGACGGAGCAGGUGCCUUCACUGCUGAUGAAGUCGCCUUCCCUGACCCUGCAGCAGCAGCAGCUGCUGCUGCUGCUGCUGCAGCAGCACCACAGCCACCAACGCAUGCAGCAGGUAAGGCUGGUGACGAGAGGCAGUUUGCGAGCCCCAAUAAAGUUGCUGCACUGUCGGAGCGAUGCAGCUUGUGUCUGCUGCUCACGCUGCUGCUGUUGCUGCUGCCGCUGCUGCUGUUGCUGUUACUGCAGCUGCUGAUCCAUAUCAAGCGCAGAGGGCCUCGUUUGAUAUUGGAGAAUACGGAGGCAUAG